AUGACUGGUAGUAAUUCUAGUAGUGGUGGUCUUUUAGUGCAAACACAGUUUUGGGAUUAUUAUCCUGCUGUGGGUGAUGACAACUUAUUUACAGUACAUGGACUUUGGCCGGACUUUUGUAAUGGAAACUACGAAGUUAGUUGUUGUAACGACCUUAAUAUAACAAAAGACUAUGAUUUUGAAAGCUUAUUUACAAAGUUCGACGAUUAUGAUUCAUACCAGUUUAUGAAACGAAACUGGUUGAACCUUAAGAAUAAUGGUCCAGAUUUAUGGGUAAAUGAAUGGAAUAAACAUGGUACUUGUGUUCGUACAAUGAGACCAAAAUGCUAUGAUAAAAAUGACAUGAAGGGUCGAAACUUAUAUGAAUAUUUUACUAAGACUCUUGAAUUAUUUUACCAACUCCCCACUUACCAGUGGAUGGUUGAAGCGGGUAUUUACCCUGACGCAAAGAAUAAAUACAAAUUAUCAGAGGUUGAAGAAGCCUUAACAAAGGGUUAUGGCAAGAAACCACAUAUCAGUUGUAACAGGCAUGGUGCAAUCAAGGAAGUGUACUACUUUCACAUCGUUAAGGGCAGUGUAAGAGAUGGUGAAUUUGAACGUACGGAUGCUAUUAUCUACAAGCCACCCAAAUAUGAAUGCCCAGAUAAAGUAAAAUGGUAUCCAAAAGGCUGGACACCCAACGAUAUUUAA